AUUAUGCAACCCAGCAUCUUGAUGAAGCAAUUUACAUAAUAUUUCAGCUUUGCAGGCCGAAAAGAUAUCAGGGUGCCCUAUCUGUGUCAUCUUCUUUUGAUGUGUCAAAGCUGAUCAUUAAUGGCACAACGUCCGAGUUUCUGGACUUCAUAAGCGAAUUUCCGGGUGACGGUGAUGACAAUAUGACUGGAACGACUGUCACACAAACCACACAAGGUGAUGAAAGUGGGGAUGACAUUCUAAGUGGGAAUGCAACCAUAACCACCCUGAAUGCUUUGCUUAACACAACUGAGGAAGGGUUUUACUGGGUGCUUGGAGACAUCGUCUCCAUAGAGAAUUUCCGAGAAUGGUGUUAUCUCGGCUGCCCAACUUGCAACAAAAAAUUGAAACCUGAGGAACAAAGGUUCAGGUGUUGUAAUUGUAAUGAGACCCUCGCUGAGGGAGUUUAUCGCUACAAGGUCAGCAUUUGUCUCAUGGACAAUUCAGGACAAGCUCCAUUUACCCUGUGGGACAGAGAAUGUAUUGAUUUCUUUGGGAAAACAUCAGGAACCUUGAUGCUUGAAUUGGAGAAGAAAACUGGAGACACAACACGCUUUCCAGAAGAGAUUGAGAGUUUGAUUGACCAAAAAGCACUUUUCAGAAUUCAGAUUAAGAAAAGAUCUGAAGAAAAUACUUACAAGGGAACUUUUUCUAUGGGAAUUGUAUCAAUGAUUCGGACCGCCUCUGUGGUUGCAUUGUACGUAGAGGAUGAGAAGGAACAAAUAGCCAAAGAGGAUACGACCCCAGAGAAGGUUGGCUCAAGCGCAAGCAUUGGCGAAAAGAUAGCAAGGAAGGGUAAACGGGUUUCAGCUGAGAAAGAGGACGAUGCUACUAUUGACCUACCAGAUACUCCACCAGAAUGCACACAGAGGGAGGUUGAGGUUGAACUGACUGAUGAAAUCAAACGUAAUCUGAACGAUGAGUUCUCUACCAAUGGAAAAGUGAAGAAGCUCAAGAUGAAAAUCAAGCAGGAACCCGGUGUUUAGGGAAUCUAAGGAGUGAUUUACUAAGACAUUGUUUAAAAAACCUCUUUUGCUGUUUUAUGGCUGGGUGUGCCUAAGCUACUAUUUUGGAUGUGUUCAAACACUAGCACAAAGACACUCCAAAUUUGGGAGGAAAGACUAUUUGUUGCUUUAAUUAUCUAUGUUUU